AUGCCAUUGAGGCUGGCUUUUGAGUCUGCGAGAUCGACCUUGUUCACCGUCGGCCUGGUUGCCAAGAAGCGGAUCUUUCUGGAGCAAGCAAUCUGGAAGACAGCACCUUGGCAGGGUUCAGGACUGCCGCCCAAAACUGCGCAGAACGAGCUCGUCGACAUCAUGGUUGGAAUCCCAGGAUACAUGCAGGACACUGUGGAGAUUCAGCAAGGAGGUGCGAAAGACAAACAGAAGAAGGCUCUGUUGCUAGCUCGUCUCAAGGCCGACCUGUCCACUUUAUUCGACUGGCGAUGGAAAUGGGAAGCGCACAAUCCCAACGCAGCGAUCGAGAUGGAGCCAGGCGCAUUGCCUGUGGGAAGACGCGUAUGUGACUUUCGAUUGUUUCGCAAGGUCCUGUGGUUCCGCAACUUCACCCAGGCAACGGAGAUUCUGCUGUAUAAUGCGGUGCUCCUCUGUCUCUUGGGCGCACUGUGGCAAUUCGAUCCUCCAGCCGAAGUCGAGGUACCGGCACCCACAAACUCGAUACUGAAACGGCCAGACGAGAUCUUUUCCUUGCUGGAGCCAGCCGAAGAAAUAUGUCGUGGCUUCGAGUACCAGCUAUUGAACAUCGACAAUAGUCAGGACUCGACACUGUUCUGGUUACUCCCGCUUGGCGUUGCGUCCAAGGUCCUCGAAGCUGAGCCAGAGUAUGGGCGUUGGAUCCAGAGCAUGUUAGAUACCUCGCGGGUGACUAGGGGCUAUGGCUCCGGUAUGAGCGAAUUUGCGUUUGGGCAUUACCAGUUCCCGCACAUUGGGCACGCUAGAAAGAGGCGAAUGAGGGAUCGGUAG